AUGUCAAGCUCAUGGUCGGCGUUGCCUGCCGUGAAUAAUGACGGGAACUCGGCGGGCGCUGAGAAUGCUCCUGCUGCCGGUGCAGGAGGGAAGGUGGCAGCGCCUCCAUUGUCGUCCGCCUCGUCACCAUUACGCAUUGGUGCUGCUGCUGCUGCAGCACAUAAAACGGCAAAGCGGAACUCGGCCCGCCCAGGUCAGACACCCAUCGGCGGAUCGGUACACUCUGCCUCUUCUUCUGCGUCUACUUCUGCCACUGCUGCUACUCGUGCUUUUCGUGCACGUUCCACAACCACAACAACGCAUCCUUCAUCAAAGAAACCAGGCGUCGACGCCAAACCUAAACCGCACACCGCGAAACUCAAACCCAAACCUCAACCCGCCCACUCGAACACCCACAUCGCUCCGGCUGCCACACCCUCUUCCACUUCUACAUCCCCGACCGCAUCAAGUACCGACAUGAGUUACUGGACAGUCAGCGGCGGUAAGGCUGUUCGGCCACAGACAUGCCGGUCGUGCAAGCGAACCAUCUACAAGAACGAGGAAAUGAUGGUCCGCGACGGCCGCAAAAUCCGCCUCUUCUACCACUCCGCCUGCUUCGAAGGCGACAAUGACCCACGCACCCAAUCCAACUCCUCCUUCUUCGACUCCCGCUACACCGCCGCGGCAACACAGGCCGCGUUCGCGCCCCACGCGCCCACCGAGAAGGGGCAUGGCAAGUGGAGUGUUGAUAGCUAUGGGUAUAAUCCCAACUAUACGUUUGCGUGA